AAAGUUUUUCCAGUCAAAUUUUUCAAAAAGUUCGAAGAUCGAAGCAAAAAUUCGGAAAAGUUGAAAACACAAAAUUUUCCGUCAUAAAAAAUUCAGUGAAAUUACCUUUAUUUUCAAAGUUUGAUCAAUAAUAAUACAACCAAACUCUUGUAUAUUUAAAUGUUCUACUUGAAGCUUUGCUACCGAGUGUUCUAAAGUUCGAACUUUCGCUAUGGAGGAGGUAGAUGAACAAAACUUGUUCGUCGUGGAUGAGGUGAGCAGUAUUAUUAAACAAUCCAUUGAAGAUGCCAUAGGAGGUAAUACCUACCAGCAAAAUAAAGUCAAUAUGUGGACCACUCAAGUAGUCGAAUCAUGCUUACAAGCUUUAACCAAAUUGAAUAAACCUUUCAAGUAUAUAGUCACUUCUACUAUAAUGCAAAAAAAUGGAGCUGGAUUACAUUCUGCGAGCUCUUGUUACUGGGAUAACAAUACAGAUGGAAGUUGUACUGUGAGAUGGGAGAAUAAAACAAUGUAUUGUAUCGUAUCCGUCUUUGGUCUCGCUAUUUAAGUAUGUGCCUAGAAGAGCUACUCGGUAUCCCUAUGUUUUAAAAUUAUGAAUUUAUCUGUAAUGAUACGCAGCACGAUAUCACCUUUUACUUAUUUAUUUGCGCUAAUGUAAAUACCUUUAUUCGUAUUAAUGUUUAUAUAUUUUUUUAAUAAAUUGAAUUGAAUUAAUUA